AUGAAGUUGUUGGAUUUCUCUAAAUUUAAAUCCAGGAUUUUUCAAUAUUUGGCGGCGCUCGCAGCCAAUUUGGGAAUGUUGUCCAUAGGUCUUCAUUAUGGAUGGCCCUCGUCUGCUAUUUCAGUACUUAAAAGUGGAGAAUACUCGUUUAAAAUGACCGAAGAAGAAGUGUCGUGGAUGAUAGCCGUAACGCCAAUGGGUUCUGUGAUUGGAGACGUUAUAGCAGGCUUUAGUAUGAAUAUAUUCGGCAGAAAAAAGAUGAUAUGGUUUUCUGCUAUACCCCUAACUGUAUCUUGGAUACUAGUUGCAGUUGCAAAUUCUUCUGGAUAUUUAUUCGGUGGACGAAUAAUAGCUGGAAUUGUAGAUGGGUUGUUAUUUACAGCGAUUCCACCAUAUCUAGCAGAAAUAUCGGAUCCAGAAAUAAGGGGAUUCUUAGGUACGACAUAUUUGGUCACACUGGUCUUUGGAAUGCUGAUGUCCAACGUGAUGCUAUACUUCAUAUCGAUUCCAGCGGCGGCUUACAUUGCAGCUAGUGUUAGUUUAAUAAUGAUGAUAAUUUUACCGUUCCUUCCAGAGAGUCCAUACUUUUAUCUAAUGAAGAGUGAGGUGGCAUCGGCGAAAGAGAGUUUACAAAAGUUCAGAGGAAAAGGAGAAGUCGACGACGAAAUAGGAAGAAUAUCCAAGGGUAUUAUGGAGGAGGAGAAGUACGCAAAAGGGGGUCUUAAGGAACUAGUGUUAAAACCGCAAUACCGCAAUUGUUUGUUCUUAGCGCUUUCUAUGACAAGUUUACAACAACUGAGUGGUAUUUUAGCAAUACAGUCCUAUUGUCAGGACGUAUUUGAAGAAACCAGCAACAUUAUGGAUCCAAAAGUAGCAAAUUUGAUAUACUAUUUAUUGUACUUUCUGGCAACUUUGGUUGCCUUAGUUUUAAUUGAUAUUUCAGGAAGAAAGCCUUUGGUUCUUUUUUCCUCAGUAGUAGUGUGUAUCACAUUAUUUACAAUAGGUGGUUAUUCUUAUAUUAAAAAUUCAACACAGACAGAUUUAUCUGGAUAUGAGUUUAUUCAGAUAGUAGCAAUACUCGUUUAUAUAUGCGCUUACAGCAUAGGCUUAAAUUGCGUACCUAUAUUAGUUAGUAGCGAGAUAUUUCCCUCUCACAUCAAAGGUAAAGCUUUCUGCGUUGUCAACUUGUGCUAUAGCGUCGUCUCCACCAGCGUUAUCAAAUAUUUCAGCUGGACUGCCAGCACUUUUAGCCUAGCUGUGCCGUUCUUCACCUUCGGUAUUUUCAGUUUUGCUAGUAUAAUAAUCCUUUCUAUAUUUCUACCCGAAACCAAAGGUAAAACUUUGGAAGAUGUACAACUUGAGAUGAGAUCCAAUAAAACAAAGAAACUGGAGACAAACUGUGUUAUAUAA